AUUUCGAAUUAUAUCCAUUGAAUAAAUAUGUAACAACCCAAUUCAAAUGGAUCCAGAAACAAGAAAUUUGUUCUCGAAGUUGGAAAAAAUAAUCUUAUCCCAUUUGUACAAUAAUUUACCCGGACAAACAAACAUCCAAAAUAUUACGGAUGCAAGUAUGAAGUUUGAAUAUGCAAAGUAUUAUUGGUCAUCAACAACAUUAUAAUCCAUCAUCAUCUGGUUAUCAUUUGGUCACGAAUACAUUGCCAAUGUCAUAUGUUAUUUCAAAUUGUGCUACAAUAUCAUCACAACCCUCAUCGGAUAUAAUGUUAAUGUCAUCUGGAUCAUCAUCAACCACUUUUAAUAACACUAAUAAUACAAAUAACAGUAAUAAUAAUCAACAAAAAAUGGACAUGAAUCAAUCAUUGGAUCUACAAUCAAUGCGUAUUGAAUUGGAACAAACUAAAAAUAAAUUGCAUUCGAAAACAUAUGAAUGUAAUAAACUACGCCAACAAUUGAAACAAUAUUCAACGGAAUUGGAACAAUAUAAACAAAUUUUAUCAAGUUUUACACAAAAUCAUGGAACAUCGGCUAAUAAUAAUAAUCUUAAUCCAAAUGAAUUAUUAUCUGUGAAUCUAUCUACAAUCAGUAGCCAUACAAAUGGUGACGGUAUAACGAAAACAAAAAAUACCAAAUCAAAAGGACAUGCCGGUAGUAAAAAAAAGAAUAAUUCCUCAAGUGGAAAUAAUUGUCAAUGUUGUUGUGAUGUGGAUAAACCAUAUAUUUGCGAUUGGGUGAAUUGCGGCAAACGUUUCCGACAGAAACCGCAUCUUGAAGCACAUCGUAACAUACACACCGGAAGACGAUUUAUUUGUGAUUGGCCAAAUUGUGGAAAAUCUUUCGUUCGUAAAUAUAAUCUUGCUGAACAUCAAAAAUUACAUUCAUCCGUUAAUCCAAACAUGUGUACGUAUCCGGAUUGUGGAAAAGUUUUUAGUUCAAAAUAUAGUUUGAUGCGUCAUCAAAAUGCUCAACAUAACCUUAAUCUAUCCUAACCUAUAAAAUGGACAAGAGAAUAAGGAAAAGAAUAUACGAUUCAUCCACCCAGCAUAAUUGACUAAACCACCAACAUAAGCACUGGUAACGACCAGAUUCAUUUUAAUUCCUGAAAAAAAUAUCUUCCAAACGACAUUCUUUUGAUCAUUAUCACCAUUCGGUCAUCAUUCAGCAGCUCUUAAACAUUUUCCCAGAUUCCGAUGACCAAACAAAACACAAUUUUGUCCUAGAAAAAUUUUUCAGUGUUGUAAAUCUUCUUUAUACAACCACCCACCCAGACAUUUUUUUUAUUGAAUUCAUGAAUCUUCUCUUUAUAAAUAUGAAACUAUCAUCAUCAUCAUCAUCUUUAUCGAUAUUGA